AUGAGUGCGCCUUCCACUAAUAAUAACAUCAACAACAACAGCAGCAUCGGCAAUGGUAAAUCCUUUCAACGAUCGGUCUUUAUAUUCGUCCUGGGGUGCUUCUUUGGAAUGCAAGUCCUAAAUUUUCAAGUCUCUCAUGACGGAUCCUUGGCGGUUCAGCACGAGUCUCAUUUUUCACAUUCUGAUAACCAUCACGACGCUCCUGCCUUGAAAACGAUAGGUGCAGAAAACAGCGAUGAUGCAUCCGCUACUGCUACCACUAGUGGUACUACUAAUACUAUUACUGGUAGUAUUCCAAAAGAUGAACUCAAGUCAUUAAUACGAUCAGAAUUGUUGGAAUUACUCCAAGAAACCAAAGCGGAACUCGUUUCCUCUACGAAUACUGCUGCAACACAAACAAUGGUUCGUAGAAGACAAGAAAUAACGACCAAUGAUAACAAUGUGGACGAAGCCAAGGAUGAUGAUGAUGCCGUAGAAACGGCCCCAAAAGCAAAUCCCGAGACUGCCCCCAAGGCGGCACCAGCAGAACCUGUACCGCCAGCACCGGCAACCGAUGACGAUUCUCCUGAUACCACAACCACCAUUGCCGCCACUGCCACCACCGCCACAUCGACGGUCAUAAAUCAUGGUACCAUUCCCAAAAUUCCAGAACCACUGGUCCAGCCCUUUACCUACACGGAAGAAGAUCGCGCCCGCAACCUUCAAUGGAAACAACUGGGUCGAGAUUGGCGAUUGGACGAUCCCGAAGAGAAAAAGGUUUGGGAUCAACUAGCGGCCGAACAACGCACCAAAUGGAGUGACGCCAAUGGUGCUCCACCUCAAACUUACGACAAGGUAGCCUUGGUCAGCAAGGUCCAUUCGUCGUCUCCCUUUAUUGGGAGCGUCGUUCAAAACAUGUGUCUGAUGAAAGCCGCCUACAAUUACGAUCGCAACUAUCCGUGGAUCAUUUUCAGUACCCUGCCGUGGAAAAAGAAGGCCUUGGAACGGGCCAAACGAUGGGCAUACCCUGCCAACUUUACCGUGGUGAUUGACUCGGAACCACUGGCGGAUGUUUUGGACAAAAUGCCCAAAGAAGAACGAGAACAAUUGGAAAGUCGUUGCGAAUGUUGUCACAAGACCAAUUGUUGCAAGGAUUCGUCCAAAUUGCAUUGGGAUUGGUGGUGUCACGAACAUGGUGCCGGUCAUGCCACCUUGUCCUAUCUCUGGCAGGCAGAAUUCCGAGCGACCCACUUGUGGAACCACCCUGCCUUGAAGGACUACAAACACAUGAUUUGGAUUGACAAUGAUGCCCUGCCCACCAAGCCAUGGCCAAGAGAUCCUUUGACGACCAUGGUGGACAAUGAUUUGGUGGUCAUGUACGAUAACUUUCCACAAGGAAGUUGUGGGAAUUCCAUGUUGAUUGAAAAGAUGAAAAUGGCCUAUGACAAUCGUGCCGUGUGCAAACUCGAGCUGACGGCCGACGGUCAUUUCAAUAGCAUUCCCUGCAAGGAGGACCAAAACAAGCUGACUAGAUUUGGACUGAUUCAUGGAAUGUUCCACAUUACCGAUUUAGAUGUCUACCGAGAUCCUGUCAAUCUGGAAAUGAAUCGAUUGCUGACCCAACACAAGGGAUACAAGUUCAGUCGGCAAUGGGACGAUCAAAUUGCGGUCACGGUUGUUCCCGCCAUGGUGGCACCCGAACGAGCUUGGGAUAUGAGACGGAAUGGAUUCAACAUGUCCAUGGCACACAAUGGAAACUUGGAUGGCAAAGAAAAGAACUCGAGAUGGUCUUAUACAAUAUGGUGGAAGUAUUUCAAUCAUACUUGGCCACUUGCUAGUCGCAUGUGCAGCGAUGUAAUGACUUUUGCUGGAUGA